AUGCUUACCUUUCUAAAUCGUUCAGCAAAGCCUCCCUCACAUCCCGGAGGAUCCAAUGAUGGUGAAAACAUAGGGUCUUCUUCCGCAAGCUCUAUUGAAUACAGCGAAUCUUCAGAAGAGAAACUGGGUGGAGGUAACGGUACUGGCAAUGGAGGUUCAUUUAUGAGGUGCAGCAAAUGUGGUGGGCCUUUGAGAGCCAUUGAACCAUCCAGUUCAUGUUGGUAUGAUAUGAUUUUGAUCCAGUGUACCAAAUCGACUUGCCCAGUGAGAGUUGAUUUGUUUACGAAUUCCUUUGUGGCUCUUCAUACAGAUGUUUCUCGUUUUAUGAAGUGCGACACAUGUCAGCAAUUAUACACAUUGAUCGAUAAAUCAGCCCUCAAAGUGUUCAGUGCUCCAGAAGAAGCUCGAUCCUCUCCACCACCAAUACCCAAACAAAUUCAUGCGUAUUUGGAUCGCUACGUUGUCGGACAGGACAGGGCCAAACGCGUUCUUGCUGUUCAAGUCUACGCUCACUAUAACCGCAUUCAUCACAACCAAGCAAUUAAUGGCUCUUCUGCCGAGGUAUCGUCCACUAGUAAUCAAAUAGUGAACAGUGGUUCGGGCACCGGUUCAUCUCGUAUUGGGACGUACAUGCCUGGUGUCCCUGGUGUCCCUCAUGGAAGUAAUUCGCCACCAGGUCAAUCUCCAGGAUCGACACCGCCAACAGACGGUCCACGGUCACCUGGUAUAGGCCAUUUGAAUCACUUUCCUUCCGGAGUAGUUGGUACUCCCCCAUCUCCGUCAGUCACAGGUAAGCACCCGAAUUCGUCGCUGUUCGGAAGAAUGAUUCAACUCGAAACAACUACGAGNCGAGUGAUAUUGACCUUCAACGAGAAUGAUACGUAUGUGCUUUUGCCAUCUGAAGUUUAG